GUAGCACUAUAACAAAAUGACCUUGCAUGGUGAUCUUUGGAAAAUGAGAUUUGUUUCCGCUUAUAGGGAGUUUUCCUUGGACAGUUCAUAGUGGAGUACACAAUGUCGGGGCAGAAGACAGCUUUAAGAAAAAAACGACAGGUUUCUGUGCUAUCAUCUGAGGCGCCACGACGAUAUAAUAUUUCGGACGACGCUCAUGGCGACAGAAGGAGCAUAGUAACAUUUCGAACCCAGGAUCCAAGCUAUUACCGUUCAAUCCCCCUGGUAAACACCCCGGUGAUAAGGGCCAAAAAUAAUGAAUCAGCGCGUACGAGUUCCCCCCAACUACCACGGGAUGCCUUACCCCAACGCCUCGAAAGACUUGCCUCGACAGCCCAACAUCGCAGUAUACAUGAGUUUGAUCCCGUUGCGCUGCGUUCACCGCCAAGUAUUUCAUCCCGCCGUUCAGUACCCAUAGCUUCAGUAACUUUGGCACCGUCACCGCGCAACCCGAUUGAUGAGUCAAUGGAGGUAACCAAUAGAGGAAUACCCCAGAGGCAUUCCAUGUAUGAGAACUCUAUUAUUUCCGACUUCCCUCAGACAGACAGGCCAGUGGUACCCAGACACAAGAAUGUCCUCAGAAACGAGGACUAUGUGGCCCAAAUUAAUGAAGAUCUCCUGGAACAACCCAAAGCUCCAAUGACAUUCUCUCAAGCGUAUAAUGCAAUAAACUCGAUUAGUGCCUCAGGUUUUGAUGUCUCACUAAACAGAUUGGAUUCCGGAGCUCAAAGUAUGGACAGUAUGGACCAGAACGCCCUUGAUUUUGAAUCCGAUGAAAGCGUGCUACAGCAACACAAAAUUAUUAAUGUUGAGGAAGAGUUCGAGGAUCGCAUCCGACAACAAGAUAUGUGGUUAGAUGUUAUGCACAUGGAGAAGCUCAAUUUGGAGAACAGAAUGAGGCAAGCAUUAAGGCAUCGUCAAGAGCUGGAGGAUCAGUUGAAGUACAUGCGACAGAACACAGAAAGUCAUGUCAGAAAUAGCCAAAAUUGGGGACUCCAGAGGACUACCAGUUACUCGCCUCAAACUUGUCAUGUGCUGGAACAAAUACAACCGAACCAGAGAUCUAGCCCUUCUGCGCACUUUCAGAGGAGGGCUUCGAGGUGGUGUGUAUCCCCAAUUGAACGCUUUUCCGGUGUGAGUGAACGAACCACACAUCCGGUACGUUAUUGCAAUGAGCCCUACUUGAUCGGCAGUCCUCCGGGGGAUGGCAGUGAGCUCUACUAUCUAGAAGAUGAGCGUGCCGAUACUCCUGAACGAAUGACUUCACCAAACUAUCACUUUCGAGAGAAUCAACGUACUACCAAGAAGUACCACCCGAAGUAUCUGAGUGAAGACCGAAUUCCUUCUAAUUCUUCACCACAUGGCUCUUUGGCCGCUUCCGUAGAAGCUCCUAUGCAUAACAUGAUCAGACGUGCUUGCUCACCUAAAAAGCUCCUCAGUGAGCAUCAUAAAGUGGACUCCUUUCCAAGUGGGAUAGAUGAACCAAGUUUGAAGUUCGAAGAGCUCGCCACCUCAGCAAACGCAUUUCAUCAGAAAAUCAACCUGACAAGUCGUGACGUAGAAAGCUAUUAUCACUUUAAUUUGGACAAAACUCCACCAACAACCCAGUAUGUCUCUGAAACGCAUCAUUUAUCUUCACUGACGGAGCCAAUUGACCCGGAGUUGGCGGAGAUAUGUGCACGUCAAGUACCUCAACCGCAAGCAGAUUGUCGACACAAUGGACAUCUUCGUGGCCCUCGUAUCGCGGACUCAGUAUGCUCAAUGCCGGUGCAUCUGGAAGAAAGUACUGACUCUGAGGCAGUAACCACACCGGAUCUCGAUGAGCGCAGGUCAUCUGCAUUGGAAUCCCGUGCAUCAGUAAACGGGACAUUGAAUGCCGAACCCAAGAACCAACUAACUGACGCUAAGCACAUGAAGGGAAAAGUAUUGAUAUCGGACGAUCAGACGGAACUCAACCGUAUGUCACGGUCUCCAAUGACGAAAUCACUUUCGCAGAUCGACGCUAUUAGUGUAACUAGAGUUUCAAAGAAUGAGAGAAGGCAGUGUUCAGAGAAUAGCAUCCACGGAAUUUCGGCACAGUCGAAAUACGAACUGUUCAACCUCAAGAGCACAACACCUGCUAAUGAGAAGUUUACACCACCAAUUCCGGUCGUGACCGUGACUCAUGAGCCGUCGAAGAUGGAGCAAGCCCGAUUAUUGUCAUACGAGACAACUAAGGUGGGGGUAAAUGGAAAUCCGAUAGAACAAGCAGUUUUCGAUGUUCGCGAAAAAGUGAGAUUCAUUUGCCUAGGUCCUGUCGAGGAUCCACCGCUUACCGGACAGAGGUCAAUGGAGCAUCCUAUCACUUCUAACAGACCGGAAAUGAAAACUUAUCAUUCAUCCAGCUGGAUUGCUAUUUGUACUGGAGAGACCACAGUAUCAGUGUACGACUUCAAGACGCGCUCCAAGCUUGUUACUUUCCGCGAUCAUGAACGAUACUCAAACAGUCCAGUAAUUACUACCAUACCAUUUGCGCUAGCCAGUCAGUCAGUCGGGAGUCCGGAAUCCACAAGAUCAAAGGACAUGAAGAGUCAGUGUGCAUCUGGGUUCUUGUGCGUUGUUCAACAAGAUGGGCAAAUGACUUUAUAUAAUAUAGCUGCUAAUCAAACUGCUGGCAGACUCUACGUUCGUCGCAGCGUCAUUCAUGCAUUGCCGCUACCCGUGGUGCAAACCGACUUAAGCAGUCCCGGUCACAGCAUUCUGAUAAUCGAUCAGUACGGUGCUAUAUUGCUCUGUCAUUGGACUAUCUUUCCUAUUCCAAACUCCAAUGCAACGCCUUCCUCCGCAUGCUGGGAUGGUCAGGUUCAUGAUCUGGGAACGAAUAUAUUUGAUCAGCUAGAUAGAGAACCUCGUUUACCACCUUCCUACGUCUGUUGUGUCUGCCCCUGCCGUGAUACGGAUCCUUAUCCCAGAAGCGAGUCACCAAGGCGCAUUCCAAGCCCCUCGAAUAGUGGUCCUGUGAACUACUUUUAUCUGGCAGUCGCAUCUCUCAAGAAGGUGGAUAGGGUCAAGCCAAUCACAUUGCACCUGUGCUGCUGGGUUUCCAUUAGGCAGCAAUUACGAACCAUUUUCAAUGUGAGCAAGCAAUUACAUAUUGAUCCAAACAGUGCUCUAAUUGGAAUUACCUACACCGAGAUUGCAGGAGCGGCUGCGUUGUGCGUGUGCCUGUCCUCGGAUGCAUUUUGGUUCAGCUUGAAAUCCCUCGACAUCGUUUCAACUUUGAAGUUCCCGUCUUGUGCUCAACCAGUGAAUUACCUUUCCCAAAUGUGGGGUCAUUCGUAUCCCGCUUCCAUCUCCUCCACACCGCAAAACGAACGUUUGUGGGUUGCUGCCAAAUUCGGCCGCAUUUUGGAAAUUACAGCUUUCGAAAGUCAACGUCGUCGUGAUGCAAGCAAUCGUGCGUUUAUGAUGUUGCUUUAUAUUACUCCUUGUGAUUCAAAAGUUACUUCCAUCGCAUCAGAAAGCAGCGAACAGGAUAUUAGUUACAGACACGGUGCUGCGUCGAAGUGGAAUGUAUGCAGUGGACUUUAUCCUGUUGCUGAGACACUAGCGGUGGCUCGGUCAUGUGUGGCGUGUGGAUUCGACGCGGAUACCGAAGCAGCUUUGAUAUGAUUGCUGUUGGAACUGAUAAAGGUGAAAUUCAUAUGAUAUGCUUGCCCAAGUUAUACCACAUCUGCGAGGUGCCAAGAUGCGAACUGGGCUUUAUCUCGCCUGAAGAUCUGGUUCAUCAUCUAGUCCGUGAUCAUUAUUUGAGCAGCUCCGCGAUCUUUGAAAUCGGUGGAUUCCAGUGCAAUUGGCCUUGCUGUGAUUUCUCGCUGGCUUGCUCCAAACGCCCCAUUCAAAUUGAGAUUCUUGAAGAACACGCUCGGCAGCAUCUUUCUGUCUCAUGAACUUGACAACUUUAUAGUUAACCCAAUGAAUUGUCAAACGACCUCGAGGUGCCGUAAAAGUAUACACUGUACCCUGGCCAUCUACGAAGUUACCAUUUUGUGAAUUCUUUUUCACUUCUUCGACGCUAAUUUAUUGUUCCGUUGUUUCCUCAAUGCUUCGAAAACUUUAUUUUUCUUCUUAUUCGGUGCUGUCCUUUUUUAAUUCCAAAAAUAUGUUAUACCGUUUGACCAGUGCUGUUAUUCAAUUGAAUAUUUUGAUUGCG